AUGCCUCCCAAGAAGAAGACUACCGGUCCCGCCCAGGAGAACGUCUCUCUCGGCCCUCUGGGCGGAGAAGGCAAGCUCGUCUUCGGUGUCGCCCGUAUCUUUGCCUCCUUCAAUGACACCUUCGUGCACGUCACCGAUCUCAGCGGUCGCGAAACUAUCUGCCGUGUCACUGGUGGUAUGAAGGUCAAGGCUGACCGUGACGAGUCCUCUCCUUAUGCUGCGAUGUUGGCUGCCCAGGAUGUUGCUGCGCGCUGCAAGGAGCUGGGCAUCAACGCCCUCCACAUCAAGAUCCGUGCCACUGGUGGUAACGGAACCAAGACUCCUGGUCCGGGUGCUCAGUCGGCUCUCCGUGCCCUGGCCCGUUCCGGCAUGAAGAUUGGCCGCAUUGAGGAUGUGACUCCUACGCCCCACGACUCGACCCGUCGCAAGGGUGGUCGCCGUGGUCGUCGUCUGUAG